AUGACGCUGAUUACAGACAAGGUGCAUGGUGGGUUGGACUUCAAUGACCUCCUGCUCAGGAACACAGAUGAAACCAACAGUUGCCACAGCAACCAGCCAUGGACUAUCACAAUUCAUGACACCGUGAGCCCUGAAGGAAGUGCUGCGGAUGACUUCCUGGACGCUCUGCUGGGUGGGAGUGACUGCUCCUCAGCUCUGGCCUCCCCCCUGUGGUCACCCUGCACCACCGACAGUGGCAUCAACGAGGACCCCGCGACAGAUCCCGCAGAGAGCCCUCACCCAUGCUCCUGCACAGAUUUUCCAGCCUUUGACACGCCGGUUUUCCCUCAGCCUCCAUCUCUGGAGAGUCAGCUGCCAGCAAAUGAAAAAACAGCUGAUGUUUGCAUCGAUCUAAGUUGGGAGUCCAGUGACUGCCAGGAGGAGUUUGGAAUUGCAUACUACCUCACUAUGAACCAAAGCUCUGCGAUGUCGUCCAGUCAGACGCUCACAGUGAAGGACCUGCUGUUGUCAAACGUGGGACAGAAAGCACAAGGAAUCCCCCAGCAUUCCCUGCAGGAACUUGUACUUAAUGAGGAUGAGAAGACGCUUCUGGCUAAGGAAGGGGUGAACUUGCCCAGCAAACUGCCCCUGUCCAAGUUUGAAGAGAGGGUUUUGAAGAAGAUCCGGCGGAAAAUCCGCAACAAGCGCUCGGCUCAAGAAAGUCGGAAGAAGAAGAGGGAAUAUGUUGAUAGUCUGGAGGGAAGGAUGUCUGCAUGUGGUGCUCACAACCUCGAACUGCAGAGAAAGAUCCAGCAGUUGGAGGAGACCAACAAUGUCCUGUUGGAGCAGCUAAACCGGCUACAGACUCUCCUCCCUAACAGCUCCAGCAAAACAACACACAAAGGGACCUGCAUCCUGGUUUUGCUCCUCUCCCUCUCUCUGCUCAUUUCCUCAAAUCUUCAGCCAGACCCUUACAGCCAACUCAGCCAGAAAGAGUACACAGAGAGCAAAGUGCCGUCCCGCUCCCUGCAAUCGCUGGAUGAAGUGCGAGGUGUCCCUCCUCCUCUCUUUUCCAUCUCCAGGGGCUUUGAGGCCCUUUGCAGUCUGACGGAGAAGCUCUGGCCCAGGACAGAUUUCCCCGAUGUGGACUCCCAAUCCUCUCACCACCAGGAUCACAGGCACCGGGACGAUCACUGA